GUCUUUCAAAAUUCAAAUCUCAAACACCACACCGUUGCCCCGCUCACACUCACUCAGAAAAACACAUUGCAAAAAGAAAAAUCGAAAUCGAAAAUGUCUGGUAAAGAGAAAGGUGUUAAUGUUCAAGUUCUUCUCCGAUGCAGGCCGUUUAGCGAAGAUGAAUUACGAAGCAAUGCACCUCAAGUAGUUACUUGUAAUGAUUACAAUAGAGAAGUUGCGGUGUCUCAGAAUAUUGCCGGUAAACACAUCGACAGGGUUUUCACCUUUGAUAAGGUUUUUGGUCCUUCUGCACAACAAAGAGAUCUUUAUGAUCAAGCUGUUAUUCCGAUAGUAAAUGAAGUUCUAGAGGGAUUUAAUUGUACUAUAUUUGCUUAUGGUCAAACUGGUACUGGAAAAACGUAUACAAUGGAAGGUGAAUGCAAAAGAUCUAAGAGUGGACCGAAUGGAGAGUUGCCUUCAGGAGCAGGAGUGAUUCCCAGGGCUGUUAAGCAGAUUUUUGACACACUCGAGGGCCAGAAUGCGGAGUAUAGUGUGAAAGUUACAUUUUUAGAAUUGUAUAAUGAGGAGAUAACUGAUUUGCUUGCACCGGAGGAGCUUUCAAAGGUUUCUUUGGAGGAGAAGCAAAAGAAGCAGCUGCCUCUCAUGGAGGAUGGCAAAGGUGGAGUUCUUGUUAGAGGGUUGGAGGAAGAAAUUGUGACGAGUGCUAAUGAGAUUUUUACUCUACUCGAGAGAGGGUCUUCCAAACGGCGAACUGCAGAAACUUUACUAAACAAGCAGUCUAGUCGUUCACAUUCAUUGUUUUCAAUUACUAUCCACAUAAAGGAAGCAACUCCUGAAGGCGAAGAACUGAUUAAAUGUGGUAAACUGAAUUUGGUAGAUCUUGCUGGCUCAGAAAAUAUAUCUCGUUCCGGUGCUAGGGAGGGUCGUGCCAGAGAAGCUGGAGAAAUUAAUAAAAGUUUGCUUACUUUAGGAAGGGUGAUUAAUGCACUUGUGGAACACCUUGGUCAUAUCCCUUACAGGGAUAGCAAGUUGACACGUUUACUUCGCGAUUCACUUGGAGGAAGAACCAAGACAUGCAUUAUAGCGACAGUAUCUCCCGCUGUUCAUUGCUUAGAGGAAACUUUGAGCACAUUGGAUUAUGCACACAGGGCAAAGAACAUUAAAAAUAAGCCAGAGAUCAAUCAAAAAAUGAUGAAAUCAACACUUAUCAAGGAUCUUUAUGGUGAAAUUGAACGCCUUAAAGCAGAGGUUUAUGCUACCCGUGAGAAAAAUGGGGUCUAUAUUCCAAAGGAAAGAUACCAUCAGGAAGAGAUUGAAAAGAAGGCUAUGGCAGAUCAGAUUGAGCAGAUGGGCAUCACAAUAGAAUCUUAUCAGAAGCAACUAGAGGAUGUGAAAAACAAUUAUGUUGCCCAAGUUCGUCAAUGCUCUGAUUUGAGCAACAAACUUGAUAUCACUGAGACAAACUUGAACAAGACUGGCAAGUUGCUUGCCAAUAGAGAGGAAGAUUUAAAGAAGUGUCGGUAUACCUUGAAUGAAAAGGAAUUCAUAAUAUCUGAACAGAGAAAAGCAGAAAAUGCUUUAGCUCAUCAAGCAUGUGUUUUACGAGCCGAUUUGGAGAAAGCUCUUCAGGAUAAUGCUUCAUUGUUUGUGAAAAUUGGUAGAGAAGAUAAACUGAGCUCAGAUAACAGGGCUGUUGUGAACAAUUUUCAAGCAGAACUUGCCCAACAGGUUGGUUCUCUUUGCAACACUGUUGCAACAUCGUUAUCUGAACAGAAUGGACAUCUACAAGGUGUGGAGAAGCUUUGUAACUCCUUUUUAGGGAUUCACGAUAAGGCGGUCAUCGAUUUGAAAGACAAAGUGAAAGACUUGAGGGCCGUGUAUGUGUCUCAUAUUGAGGCAGUGCAAAAUGUUGUGCGUUUGCAUACGGCAAGCUCUGAUGCAACCAUGGAGGAGUUAUCGUCUGCCAUAUCUUCCCACGGUCAUUCUAUUGAAGAAUUUCUUGCAACUGCGGCCACUGAAGUUGGCUCCAUAUUUGACGAACUUCAGAGCUGUCUUUCAACACAACAGGGUGAAUUGUCACUUUUUGCGAGGGAAGUACGCAAUAGAUUCAAUCUAAGUGUGGAACAAAUAAAGGAGAUAUCUGAGCGAUCUGAAGAAUUAGUGGAAAAGCUUUUCGUGGAAUCCAAAAAGCUUGAAGAUUUUGUAUCACAGGCUGACCAAAUGCAACAGGAGAGCAUUGAUGAGUUUAAGAAAGCUUAUGAGGAGCAGUCAAAAUCUGAGUCUGAGAAACUCAUUUCUGAUAUGACUAGUUUGGUUUCUGAACACAUUCGUCGUCAAAUCAAUCUUGUAGACUCAAAGCUUGUUGAUCUUAGAGAUAGUGGUAUCAAGAACAAGUUAUUCUUGGAUGGACAUGUGUCAUCAGUUGGAGAUAUUGUGACCAAUGCAAAAAGGAAAUGGCAGACCUUUUGCAUACAAGCGGAAAAAGAAGCAAAAGAUACGGCUGAUUAUUCUGCAGCAAAGCAUUGUCGUAUGGAAGUACUCCUGCAGCAGAGUGUUAAUACUGCUCAUUUGGCUUUCGAACAUGUAAAGAGGACACACAAGGGUGUAAAUGAGAUAGGGACCAAUCAUGUUUUUGCAACAGAGUCACUUAUCAGGAAUGCUUCUGAUAGCAAUGUUCAACAUGUUGAUGAGGUCAAUUCUGCACGAGCAGCAUCCGAGGAUGAUGUGGCAAAGAACAUUGAUGAUCUUCUUGAGCGGUUUGAUGCCACAUCUGCAGAAGAACGUGAGUCCAUAUGUAGUGUGGUAAAUGUGGUGAAAAUCCAUGCAAAUACACUUGAGACGUUUAGAGAGGAUCAUGCUGGGCAAGCUGCUUCCAUUGAACACAGGGCGUCCGAAACUUUUCAGCAGGAGUAUAGGGACUAUGAGCCUAGUGGUACAACACCAAUAAGAUGUGAACCAGAGGUUCCAAGUAAAGGUACAAUCGACUCUCUUCGAACGUUGCCAAUUGAAUCCCUUCUUGAGGAAUUCAGGGAAAAUAAUUCAUAUGAAACUUCUGAUGAUUUAAAGGAGUUGAAACCAUCACUUAUUCCACGUUCUCCUCUCACGCAAUUGAAUUAAUGGUGGUGUUGGCAACUUGCUCGGUUGGGUCUUCUAUGGAAUCAAAUUUGUAUCUUUAUUUGUAAAAUUGUUUUGUUGCAAUUUUUAAUGAUUCAUAGCAUGCAAAAUAUGGUGAUUUUAUGUAAUGUGAUAUCUAAGGCAUAGUAGUACUCGGGUUUAAAUCCCACCUUGGGAUGAAAUAUAGCUCAAAUAAUAGUUAUUAUUUUUGGCAACGC